AUGGAUAUCGAUGGAAAUAAUGUACUGCACAUGGCCUCCUUUCUUCUCCAACACAUGCCUCGUCAAAUUCAUGGCUCUCUCAUGCAAAUGCAAUAUGAAGCCCUCUGGUUUAAGUAUGUGAAAGAAAACACGCCAGCUCACCUGAGUUCUCAGGAGAACAAUGAUGGAGACACUCCAGACGAGAUCUUCGCAGAACAGCACAAGGACCUUCUCAAGGAAAGCAACGAAUGGAUUAAGGACACUUCUGGUUCUUACGCUGUAGUUGCAGCACUUAUUGUCAGUGUCACCUACGCCACAUCGUACACUGUCCCAGGAGGCACUGAUGACAACGGAAGACCUCACUCACGAGGCCAUCUUACAUUUGACAUCUUCGUUUUCUCCGUUCUGGUUUCCUUCUGUUCCUCUAUAACUUCCCUGGCCGCCUUCGUGGCUGUCUUCAGUUCUCGAAAGCAACCCGUUGAUUAUCCUCGAAGUUUGCCUCUGAAGCUUUGUUUUGGCUUAACUACGUUCUAUCUAUCUGUUGUCUCAAUGUUGGUAUCUUUCUGCGCUGCGCAUUUCUUUGAACUUGAUCACAGAAUCAAGCGUAAGAUUAGCCCUUAUGCUUUGGUGUUGAUUCCACUGUACUGGAAUCUUCUCAGAACCACUCUUUCCAGAGAGCCUCGGCCAAGAUACGUAGGAGACAAUGUUACUAUGUAG